CUGUGACAAGCACUUGCGAAAGCGUUUUGUGUACCUGAGUCGCCGGCUAACAGAUCAAGCUUCUCAACACGCCAUGCAGACACGUGAAACGUACUCCUCAGUGUCAUAAGAAUCAUCUUUAGAGUUGUUACGGAAUUGUGUUUGACAUGUUUCGACGUCUUAAUCAGGGAAAUAUUUGGUCGGCUGUCUUUCGAUGCGGCUGAGAAGCGAAUGAGUACACAAAGCGUUAGCCCCUGGUUAGCUUAAGUAUCGACGGGAACGAAACGGAAGGAAUGAACCACAAGAGCAAGAAGAGGAUUAAAGAGGCCAAACGCAGUGCCAGGCCAGAGUUGAAGGACUCGCUAGACUGGAUAAAACACGCUUAUCACGAUACAUUUAACGUGUCGCACAGCUCUGUCAAGGACAAUGUGGAACGCGUGGACGCGGUACGUCUGAGCCCUGAAGAGUUCAUCGAGCGCUUCGAGAGGCCCUACAAGCCCGUGGUUCUCCUCCGCUGUCAGGAGUCGUGGCCCGCGCAGCAAAAAUGGACCCUGGAGCGUUUGAAACGCAAGUACCGCAACCAGAAGUUCAAAUGCGGAGAGGACAACGACGGCUACUCCGUCAAGAUGAAGAUGAAAUACUACGUGGAGUACCUAGAGGGCACCCGCGACGAUAGCCCGCUUUACAUCUUUGACAGCAGCUACGGCGAGCACGCCAAACGUCGAAAACUACUGCAAGACUACGAAGUGCCAGUCUUUUUCACUGAUGACCUCUUUCAGUUCGCCGGAGAGAAGCGUCGGCCGCCAUACAGGUGGUUCGUGAUGGGUCCUGCUCGCUCGGGGACGGGCAUCCACAUUGACCCACUGGGCACCAGCGCCUGGAACGCUCUGGUACAGGGCCAUAAGAGGUGGUGCCUGUUCCCCACAAACACGCCACGAGACCUCAUCAAGGUGACGCGAGAGGAUGGCGGCAAUCAGCAGGACGAGGCCAUUACCUGGUUCAACGUGGUGUACCCCCGUACGCAGCAGCCUGGAUGGCCCCCUGAGUUUCGACCACUGGAGAUACUGCAGAAACCCGGAGAGACGGUCUUUGUGCCCGGCGGCUGGUGGCACGUUGUGCUCAACCUAGACACUACCAUUGCUGUCACGCAGAACUUUGCCAGCACUACCAACUUUCCCAUUGUUUGGCACAAAACUGUCCGUGGACGCCCCAAACUGUCCCGCAAGUGGUACAGGAUUUUAAAGCAGGAGCGACCCGAUCUGGCGGCGCUGGCGGACCGAGUGGACCUGCAGGAGUCUACGGGAAUCGCGUCCGACAGUUCCAGCGACUCGUCCUCGUCAUCCUCCAGCUCCUCCGACUCAGACUCCGAUGCUGAGUCGUGCUCAGAAGGGGACGCGGCGUCCCACCGCAGGAAGAAGAGACGCACGUGCGGCUCGGCGGCCAACGGAGACACUCGCGGGAACGACGACUGCCUCAGCAAAGAGAGGAGUUCGUCGCGGUGACAGCCGACGUCGCGGUGACAGGCGCCAUGUCGGCGCAAACUUUUUUUUUUUUUUUUAAACUGUGGUCAAGACGUUCCUGCAGUGAAGAUGUUUAAACUUUCACUAGGAAACCCUCGUGCCUUGUCAAAUAUCAUUUGUGUUGACCAAUAAAAUAUUUUGUAAGACUGAAAUCAUGCUGAGUGAUAUUAAUGUGGUUAGAAUUUCUUGCCGGAACUCCCCGACGUGAAGGUCGCCAUGGAACCAGAAAUUUUAUUCAUUUAUAUAUUUUUUGGGGGGGGGGUCGAAACUACUGAAAUGCAAAGAAAACUGUUUUGGUCAAUUAU